UGAUAACUGACGGACCAUGAAAACAAGCAGCUGAUCGAUCAGAUGCUCGUAUUGUGUUUUUAUAGCAAUUUCAAUGAAUUUAUUACAUUUCAGUACGUGUAUUUAGUAGUUUAGUGAUUCCGUAAGUAUUGCCAUUAUCGCUUGUUAAUGGUCAGUGUCUAUAAACAGCGGGAAAAGAGUCAGUUUGGUGAACUAAAGCAUCUAUAAUGACAUCUAAACCGACAUGUCUGAUUGUGGCCAGUGCUGCAGCUGCAGGAGUUUCAGCGCGAUCGUUCCAUCAGUGUUUUAAUUUGUGCAGUUCAGUGUUUAACCUGCAAACAGCAACACCUGGUGGGAAGCCCAUCGACUUUGCCGGUGUGGAUGACAGCACAUCCCGAUGGGUGCAAGAGUUCAGUGUCAAACCCUACGCAAACCCAGCCAAGCUGGAAUCUAUCGAUGGUGCCCGCUAUCAGGCGCUGCUGAUUCCCGACUGUCCGGGAGCCCUGAAUGAUCUCGCCCACAGCGGAUCCCUCGCACGAAUCCUGUCCCACUUCAUUUCUCAGCAAAAGCCCGUGUGUGCUGUGGGACAGGGUGUAGCUGCUCUCUGCUGCGCUACGGAGGAACAGAAGUGGAUUUUUAGUGGCUACAGCAUGACUGGGCCGUCUGUGUUUGAGCUGGUACGCUCUGCUGAAUUUGCCAACCUGCCACUGAUUGUGGAGGAUUUUAUCAAAGACAGUGGUGGAUCAUACACAGCGAGCAUCGAGGACGCCGUUCACAUAGUCCUGGAUCGGCAUCUUGUGACGGGCCAGAACGUUCAAUCCACAACAGCAGCCGUCAAUAACCUGAUUCUGCUAUGUAACAGCAGGUAAACGCUUUACCUGUGCAGAAGGGAACGAACAAGGGACCACAUCACAAAA